AUGGCUGCUUCAGAGAAGAUCAAUGACCCAACGGCGCAGACCGUUGAGCGCCUUGGCUCGAUCGACAAGAGCAAAGACGUCAUCGAGGUCAAGGAAGUCAGAGGUAGCGAAGCCUUCAACGAGGCUUUAAUCCAGGAAGAUGUGCCACUACUGGACCCACGCACACUGCGGCUGUUCGCGUGCCUGCUCAUCGGCUUCUUCUGCCAGACCAUGAACGGAUACGACACCAUGUUGUUCGGUGGUCUGCUCAACAACAAGGAAUACUUCCUCAAGCACUUCAACGGGCAGAACAAGGGCAUCUGGGCCGGCCUGAUCACCUCUAUGUACCAGAUCGGUGGUGUCUCUGCCCUGCCAUUUGUCGGACCCGCCAUUGACCAGUGGGGACGCCGGGUGGGCAUGUUCAUCGGCAGCGUGCUCAUCAUCGUCGGCACGGUCAUACAGGGUUUGACGUCCGCCAAUGCCUCCGAGGGCCAGAUGAUGGGCGGUCGAUUCGUCCUGGGUUUUGGUGUCACCAUUGCCGCUGCAGCCGGCCCCAUCUGGAUCGUGGAAACGGCCCAUCCCAAGUAUCGGGGUAUCAUCACCGGUCUCUGCAACACCACCUGGUUGGCCGGCUCGAUCUUGUCCUCUGGCGCGACCCGCGGCGGGCUCGACAUCCAGGGCAACAAUUCCUGGCUCAUCCCCAUUUGGCUGCAGAUGGUCUUCCCAGGCUUCAUCGCCCUUUUCGCCUUCACCUUGCCAGAGUCGCCCCGGUGGGUGUAUGCCAGUGGUAAGCGCCAGAAGGCGCACGACAUCCUCACCAAGUGGCACGGAUAUGGCAACCCCGACUCGGCCUGGGUCAAACUCCAGCUCCAUGAAUAUGAGGAGUAUCUUGAGAUGGACGGCUCUGACAAACGCUGGUGGGAUUACCGUGCUCUGUUCAACAAGAAGUCGAGCGUCUACCGGACCGCCGUCGCUUGUUGGUUCUCUGCAUUCACGCAAUGGUGCGGUAACGGGCCGCUUUCCUACUUCAUGUCUGCGGUCCUCGACACCGCGGGCGUCAACACCUCGAUCGGCAAGGCCAACGUGCAGCUGGGCUACAGCGUGGAACAAUUCUGCUUCGCGAUGAUGUUGGCCGGGUUCUUCGGCGUGUCAGUUAUCUGGGUGUGCAUGACGGCGUCGGCGGGGACGCUGGCGAACUCGCUGGUGUCCGGGUCCGUGGACGACGGCGACGCCAAGUUCAGCAACCACACGGCCGGCAACGCCGUGCUGGCGUUCAUCUUCAUCUUCGGCGCGUGGUACUCGUUCAACAUCACCCCCUUGCAGGCCCUGUACCCGGUCGAGGUAUACAGCUACGAGAUCCGCGCCAAGGGCAUGGCCUUCCAGUCUUUCUUCGUCAACGCCGCCGGCCUGAUCAAUCAGUUCGCCUGGCCCGUGGCCAUCAAGGAGAUCCAGUGGAAGACGUACAUCAUCUUCGUGGUCUGGACCUUCGUCCAAGGCGUGCUGGCGUACUUCUUCUUCCCGGAAACGAGGAAGCGGACUCUCGAGGAACUGGACAAGAUCUUCGAAGCCAAGAACCCUGUCAAGUAUUCCACCCAGUCCCACACUCUGGCCAUCACGGAGGACAACACCGUCGUGACCGUCGACCAGGAGAAGGUGUAA